AUCUGAUGUCAGAUGAGUAAUAUGUGCUGCUGGUAAUAUUUGCGGCAAGUAAUUUUCUUCCUCUUCCACUGACAUAUUAUGUUGGUAAAGUUGGGCUUUGUGCCUCAAAACAGUGAAGCUUGGAGCACCUGACAGAACACUACUUCAGCCCAUGGAUGUGUUGGCAUUCCAGCAAUCUCAGUGUGUUUCCUAUGCUUCUGUUUCUUCCUGCCUGCUUGUGGGUACGUAAGAUUUUGCAUCACCUCGUUGUACAGCAAGCUUUUUCACAGGAAGACAAAACAAAAGCAGAUCAAGCCAGCUCUCUUUGCCCUCACAGACUUCUAAAUUGAAUUUGCAUGCGUGCAAAGACAACAGCUGGUGAUUACUUAAAAUUGGAAGGAUUCUAGUGAUGGUCAGUUAUGUCCUAGGUAAUGGCUAAGGCUUUCUGAAGAUGAGUGUGGAACAGAAGUCAAUUAAGAAUUUCACAUGACAAACAUAAUGCAAAUAAUCUGUGUGCCUUGUUGCAAUUUUGCAGCUUUACUUGAACUCUGUGCAUGCUUAUAAAUGCUUCAAAAUCAAGCCACUUGCAGAAGCUGGACUAGGAAAAAAAAUGGGCCAUUAUCAGAAAGUCCAAUAUUAGAUUGUAGUGAUACAGUUAAGAUGCUCUUUUGAUGAGCUGGUAACUCGCAUGACAUUUAAAAUAAAUAAAUAAAAUUCUAAGCAAUCUGUUUCAGGAGAGUUACAGGAGUAGAAUCAUAGAGCCCAGAAUUGUUUGAAUUAAAAGGGACCCUUGAAGGUCAUCUAGUCCAACUCCCCCUCAAUAAAUGUGGAUGCCUACAGCUAGAACAAGUUGGUUAGAGCCUGGUCCAGCCUGACCUUACAGUACACUGCAAGGAGAUGAUAAGGCCUGAGUAGUAGCGUCACUAGCUUCUGUACUGCUUAUUUAUAAAGGACACUGUGAGAGAGUCUCAUUUCCACAUGGCUUAGGUUUGGCACAAGAAAAUAGCAGACUGUUUGGUUUGGCUUGUACUCAUUUCCCUAUCCUAAGAGGGUUAAUGUGACUGAGGAGCAUGCUGACGUUCCCUCUCCAUGCUUCUGGUAGGCUUUGCUUUCAUUUGAUGUACAAUGUUUUGUAGGCUUUAUUCGUGAGGAAAAUUAUUUUCUUGUCCCUCAGAAGCCUGCUACUGACAAGAACUGCCUUUGUUUAGGAUGAUAUUAUUAUCAGUAUAGGCUAGAGUUCAUGCUUCAGUGUCUGUGUAAGUGCCAGUUUAAAUAGGUUUACAAUCUAGCACCUGUAAAACUGCUUCACUGGAAGCUGACGUGGAUAUUCAUGUACGUGGUUCUAAUUCCCUUUUAUUUCUCUUGUUCUCAAAUGCAAAGUGUAAUUUUUGGAAGAUUAAAGCUGUUGCUUUGAUUCUUGGUAGCAUCUCCCUGCUAUGAAGCCGUACACUCCAGUUUUCAUCCUCCUGUGGAGCGCCGUUGGGAUAGCAAGGGCUGCCAAAAUUGUUGUUGUGCCGCCAAUUAUGUUUGAAAGCCAUCUUUAUAUUUUCAAGACUCUGGCCUCAGCCUUGCACGACCAAGGUCACCAGACAGUGUUUCUCCUCUCUGAGGGCAGAGAGAUUCCUCCAUCUAAUCACUAUAGACUUCAGCGCUACCCAGGGAUCUUUAACAGCAGCACAUCAGAUGACUUUCUCCAGUCCAAGAUGAGGAGUAUCUUCUCUGGGAGACUGACGGCCCUGGAACUGUUCGACAUCCUAGACCACUAUUCAAAGAACUGCGACAUGAUUGUUGGCAACCAAAACCUCAUGCGUACCCUGAAACAGGAAAAGUUUGACCUGCUCCUGGUAGAUCCCAAUGAGAUGUGUGGAUUUGUUAUAGCUCACCUUUUAGGGGUUAAGUAUGCCGUCUUUUCCACUGGCCUCUGGUAUCCAGCAGAAGUGGGUGCUCCAGCACCGCUCUCUUACGUUCCAGAAUUUAACUCACUACUUACAGAUCGCAUGAACCUAUUUGAGAGGAUGAAAAAUACUUUUGUUUAUCUUAUUUCAAGAUUUGGAGUCAGCUUUUUGGUUCUGCCAAAAUAUGAAAGGAUAAUGCAGAAGCACAAGGUUCUGCCAGAACGAUCUAUGUAUGACUUGGUUCACGGAUCCAGCCUGUGGAUGCUUUGUACUGAUAUAGCACUGGAGUUUCCAAGACCAACGCUACCGAAUGUCGUUUAUGUGGGAGGAAUCCUAACCAAACCGGCCAGCCCUCUGCCAGAAGAUCUCCAAACAUGGGUGAACGGUGCUAAUGAAAAUGGCUUUGUCCUCGUGUCGUUUGGAGCUGGAGUGAAAUAUCUGUCAGAGGACGUUGCAAACAAGUUAGCACAUGCUCUGGCAAGAUUGCCACAGCGAGUUAUUUGGAGGUUUUCAGGAAACAAACCAAGGAAUCUAGGCAACAAUACAAAGCUUAUAGAAUGGUUACCACAAAACGACCUUCUUGGUCACCCUAACAUUAAAGCUUUUCUUAGUCAUGGUGGUUUGAACAGCAUUUUUGAAACCAUGUAUCAUGGGGUUCCAGUGGUGGGAAUUCCCCUUUUCGGAGACCAUUACGAUACUAUGACUCGAGUGCAGGCCAAAGGCAUGGGAAUAUUGUUGAACUGGAAGACUGUCACUGAGAGUGAAUUAUAUGAAGCACUAGAAAAAGUUAUUAAUGAUCCCAGCUACAGGCAACGGGCUCAGAGGCUGUCUGAAAUUCACAAAGACCAACCUGGUCAUCCUGUUAACCGGACUGUGUACUGGAUUAACUACAUCCUCCGUCACAACGGAGCACAACAUCUACGUGCUGCUGUUUACAGCAUCUCUCUAUAUCAGUAUUUCUUACUGGAUAUUGCCUUUGUUGUAUUAGUGGGUGCUGCCUUAUUUUAUUAUAUUUUGGCCAAGCUAACAAAAUUUAUCCGCAAACAAAGCAAACAUAUUUGGUCAAAUGAUGAACAUAGCACUGUUAAUGGACAUUACCAGAACGGGAUACCAAAUGGCAAGCAUAGAAGAAAUGGCCACAUUAAGCAUGAAUAAAAGGUGAAAUGAGCCAACCCCUCAUGUAAAGUAAUUGAGUUUUAUCGCUGUAACUUAGUCUAACAAGUACUUAAAACAUCAAUAAGCAGUUCUAACACUCCCCUUCAGUAUGUAAUAAUAUGUGACAAAAUUCUAUGGAACUAAGGAACGUAUUUAAAAAAAAAAUGAAAAAAAAACCAAGCACAACCUAAAACGGAAAUAUUUUAUUCUUAAUACCGAUGCAGAAAGGUUAUUUUGGCACUGAAGUUUUUAGAAGCCUUAAUCCUCUAAAGUUAUAUAAUGAUCAUAUUUAUGAAUUUUCAGUUUUUUAAAGCUAAAUGUGUGUGUCCCAAAUGAGGAAAGGUCUCUUUUUAUUUGCAGAGGUUUUUUUCCCUUUUAUUUUUUUAUUAUUAUGUCCAUCUUUAGAUGAGAGAACUUAGUGCUAGCUCUGUGUUUCAUAUGUUGAAGGUUCAAUAUGUGUAAGAAUGCUCUUUAAAAAAAAAAAAAUUCCCGAUGCUUGUGCAAGAAAUAGGAAAUUACAAAUUGAGAACACAGACAUUAAAAAAAAAAAAUUCUUAAAAUAAGCACUGAAGAAAAAUGGCAAAAAUAUAUACUGUGUUUUCUGGUAAGCUGCAUGACUCUUCUGCUCACUACCAGUGCUUUAGAGAAACGAGUACUGAGCAAGUCUACAAUAAGUCUUAAUUUUUAAUUUAUACAAAAUUGUAUUUGUUGCCUUUCUCUACGUAUGUAAUUUAUGCCAUGAAAAUGUUAGGGAAUUCUAUUUCAGUUUAAAUAUGGCUGUGUGGGAAGUAGAUUUGCAUAAUUAAAAUAAAUGAAACAAAGCAAAAAAAAUAUCCACCCCUGUGCUUAAUGCAGAAGGUUUUGUAGUGGCCUGAAGCAGGGCAGAAUCAAACUGCUAUUUGGGAUUUAAGAAACAAACAAGAAAAAGCUAAAAGUUGAAUGUCUUUCCUAUUAAUUCUCAUUAUUUUUCUGUGUUUUUUUUUUUUUUUUUUUUUUUUUUCUAAUUCACAAUGUUGUAGACGUUCUCUUUCAAUGGUUGUAUCUGAGAAACUAUUACUUUCUCUUAGCAUGGGCCGCGCAAUCCGUAUUUCCCAUAGUUGCCAACGUCCCUUCUGAGACCGCGGGGCAGGAGGCUGCCUGCUGGGAGGCACCAACCUCCAGCUCAAGGCUCAGCGGGAGGCACGACAUGGAGUGCAGCUGAGCCAGUGCAAAGUGUGGGGCAGCUGUGCCUCCUGUCCCCAGCUCCGGACCCUCCCUGCAACAAUCUCUUUCAAUCACUGCAGCUGACACGGAACCCUGUGGUGGUGCAGUGCUAACCCAGGGCAGGGAGGCAGGGCACCUAGUGGCAAAAUCAGCGUGGCCCUGCCAAACCGGAGUUGGCAACUAUCCAUUUAUUUCCAUGUCAUUCUGUUUACUUGGAAUUUGCACUACACACGUUGUGAGUGUAUGCUUUAUUUAUUUGUAGUUCGAAAUCCCAUGCCUGGAAGAGGAAGGAAGGAAACCCAUUUUACUUAGUGUUGUUCACUAACAUGGGAAGAGUUGUGACAGUAACAGAGUGCUGAGAUCAUCCUCAUACACAGUGAUGCAAUAUUUCAUUACCAUUCCAUCAUGAGCCUCUAUCCUAUAGCAAUAAAUAACAGUACAGAUAUCUUUCUAAUACGUGGUACAGUUACUUGUACUGCAUUCUGAAUACUUGAAGAAAAUGGUGUUAUAAAUAAGCCUAUUAGCUAGACCUUUUUACAAUCUUACAGUUUGUGUCAACUAAAGGAACACAAGGAGGCGAUGAAUGGUGGGAUGGUAGUAAGACUUCGAGUGUAUGAAUGACUUGGUUUAAAUGUUGUUUUUUUUUUUUUGCAUUGAAGAAGGUACAAAAGCACUGACCGGAUGAUUAAGCGUAAUUUAAUCUCCACUGUGAUAAAACUUAAGCAAUAAACAUGAAUUUAAUAGAGAAAA